AUGGAUCAACAGUCUCUCCUCUCGAAAAAGUUGGUCGAGUUGCAUUUUACCACAAAAGGUGCGACGAAGAAUAGCUUCUUCCGUUUCAUUUCACUAUUACGAGAUCAAUUGGCAAGUGGAGAAGUUAGCAAUGAAAUACCUCUAAUGCAGGAACUAUCCACUAGUGUGUGGGAGUGCGAGAGAUAUUUCUUGGUUCGCCUCACAAACAAUUCAGGCUAUAGCAUUUCGUUGGGAAUUGAUAUAAUCAAUGCCCAUGUUGUUGCUUAUGGAGUUGGAGACCUAACUUUCUUCUUUUGCAAUUCUUCUCCAAGUGCAUGGCAUUGUCUUGCUAGUAAAGAGAAUGAUUCACUUCCUUUCAGAAGUAACUAUAUUUCCCUUCAACAAACUGCAAAGGUGCUUUCUAGAGGAGAAAUCCCCCUCGGAUUGACGGAGCUAAAUGGAGCAAUCACCAAUCUAUACAGUGACCGCGAUAGCAGGCGGUUGCUCGUUCGCUCUUAG